AUGGUUUCUAGUCCGCCAUCCUCUCAACCUGUAAGCCAUUCACUACAGGAUGAGGAAAAAGUAAUUGUAUCCUCUAAAGAAGAAUUGAUUGACCACGAAACGUUUGACCAGCUAUUGGAGAUGGAUGAUGAAGACGACAAAUGCUCGUUCUCUAAAGGGAUUGUUUUAGAAUACUUUAACCAAGCAGAGGAAACAUUUGGCAAGAUGGACAAAUAUUUGCAGGAGGAGAAUCUUGGUGAAUUGUCCAAAUCGGGUCAUUUUCUUAAGGGCAGUUCAGCUGCCAUCGGAUUAACCAAGGUCAAAGACACCUGCGAAAAAAUACAAUAUUGCGGUGAUCUCAAGGAUGAAAACGGAGAAUCGAAGAUUACGAAAGACGAGGCAAAAGAUCGCAUUGCAUCGCUCUUGGAAAAUGUAAAAAAAGAAUAUCAGGAAGCCGAAGAAUAUUUGAAAAUUUUUUAUGAGAAUCGGGGUUCAGCUAUUAGUGAACCAUCCUCUGGUGAUUAG